UACUAUAUAUACCGUCUCUUCCAUCGGCUUACUGUUUAAUUUGAUCAAUAGUACUACUGUCAUUUUCGUGUCAGUCGUACGGUUAUUAAGUGAUUCGAUCAGCAGUACUAACUAGCUGGAUAUAUAGCAUGGGAAGACAACCUUGUUGUGAGAAGGUUGGAUUAAAGAGAGGUCCAUGGACUAUUGAGGAAGAUCAUAAACUCAUGCAUUUCAUUCUUAACAACGGCAUUCAUUGUUGGAGAACUGUUCCUAAACUUGCCGGUCUGAUGAGAUGUGGAAAGAGCUGCAGAUUAAGAUGGAUUAAUUAUCUUCGACCUGAUCUUAAACGAGGAGCAUUUACUGAUAUGGAAGAAAAUCAAAUGAUUCAACUUCAUUCGCGUCUUGGUAACAGAUGGUCGAAGAUUGCUGGACAUUUUCCCGGUCGAACAGACAAUGAAAUCAAGAACCAUUGGAAUACAAGAAUCAAGAAGAAGUUGAAACAACUAGGGCUAGACCCGGUUACUCAUAAGCCCAUUAAUAAUGAACUUAGUCAUGAAAAAUGUGAAGAAGUUGAUGAAGAACAUAACUCACAAUCUAAUGAUAAUACUGAAGUGGAUGAUCAAGAGCAAAGCUUUGAGCUCAAACCACAAAGUACUAGUAAUCCGGUACCAAAGGAAAUUCAAGUGAUGACAACACAGAACAGUAACGAAGACAUGCCGGGAUUAGAUAAUGGUCGUAACACAACAAACAAUAUUUUUCCAAGCCAGGAAAUGUGGUGGAAUAUUAAUUACGACGGGUUUGAUCAAACUAACAAUAUGGGAUCGUCAUCGGUAGACUCAUCAGUGUUAAAUCCUUCGUUUUCUUUGGAAGAUUCUUCCCUGAAUACUAAUAACAAUUAUAACCCUAAUUCAGUAGGGGAGUGUUCAUCUCAUAUGCAACAACAACAACUGCACCAGCAAAACCAACAACAACAACUAGAGUAUAUGUACUCUCAAACAUGGAUCGACAGUAAUGUAGAUGCAUUCCUUUCAUGGGAUGGUUUUCAUCAUUUUGAAGAAGUAAUGUUUCCUUGUUUUCAAAAAUCGCCCACAAUAAAUUAAUUACAAACUUUGUUAAUUAAUUU